AUGUCGGAUACCAUCAUCAGCGCUCGCGCUGUACCUGACUUAGAUGAGCUCGAGCUGGCUUUGAUUGACUACAAGAACACUGUCGACAAUCUUCUCAAGAGGACGGAGCAUAGCCUGUUUGCCGGCGACAACGCAUACCUGGCCGCAGAUAUCGGUCGCGUGAUUCACUCCCUGGAAGUCACCAAGCAACAUCUCAUCAAGCUCAAGGGAUAUACAAACAACAAGAAGUUGAGCGCAAACGUCACAGCAACCCUCAAGCGCGCAGAAACGUCGUCUCUCGAAGCUAUGAGAAACCUGGAAGUCAUCAUCGCUCCAAUCAAGGAUGAAUGGACCGAGAUAUCCCAAGAUAUCUCCCGCCAGAUGUUGGUCGUCUUCUUGACACUUCGCAAACACUCUCUCGACUUGUGGAUGAUUAGAGAGAUCUCAAAGCUUCGUAAUCACUCGAGUGCCUCCAUCAAGUCCUUCCGCAGCGCACUUACCAAGAUACGUUCCGCCACUGCAACCAUCAACGAGAUUACAGAUGCCCGCAGACAGGAUGCUGAAGACGACAUGGAGCACUCGGACUCACAGGUGCUGAUCCUCGACUCAUCGAGCAACUCAUCCACGGGUACUCUGACACCGUCCGAAGGCUGGAGUGAGAUUGGCAGACCGGCACCGCUAUCUGAUGAUCAACCAGCUGGCGCAACUUUGCCGAAAGGAGUCGAUCUCGGAUACUGCGAAGGCUUGGUUGUCGGAUACCUGGAAUCACUCGGCAUCGCACAAACAGACCGCCAGACCAGAGUGCCCUCGCAACUGCCUGACUCCCCUGGACGUCUUCUUCUACGCAAUGCAUGUAAAGCACUUGCAGUUGAGACCACCUGCCCCGUAGAGGUUCCCGAGACGAAGCUGGAGUCAGACAAGAACAAGGAGAAGGAUGACAAGACUUCGGACACCAUCAUCGACGCCAUGAGCCCCGAGGUAUCAUGUCGCGAUAUUACCACACUCAUAUUCCACUGGACUACAUUGAACAGAGUCAACGGCUUCAACCGAAUUGCCAAGGAGGGAGAGAGUGGAGAUGAAGAACUCGAAUUAGUGAUCUUCUCAGUGCUGGUUGUCGCUGCCAUGUUCUACGGCUGCUGGAAGUUGGCCACUUGGCUCUUCUUCGAUUAA